AUGGCCAGUUCUUUAAGAGGAGAAGUACUGAAUCUUUAUAAGAAUCUGCUGUAUCUUGGACGAGACUAUCCAAAGGGAGCAGACUAUUUCAAAAGGCGUCUGAAGAAUGUUUUCCUUAAAAACAAAGAUGUGAAGGACCCAGAGAAGAUCAAAGAACUUAUUGAACGGGGCAAAUUUGUAAUGAAAGAACUAGAAGCAUUAUACUUCCUUAGGAAAUAUAGAGCUAUGAAACAACGCUAUUAUUCAGAUACCAACAAAACUCAAUGA